AUGGCGUUUCCUCAACGAUUUCCCAUGCCUCCUUUUGGUUUUCCUCCACAACCACAGAUAUUUUUUAACCCGAUAGGUCGAGGAUUUAUCCCGCAACAGAUCCCGAUGGGCCCAAUAAAACAAAAGCCAGUGACAACGGUAUUCGUAGGAAAUAUCUCAGAGAAAUGCAGUAACGAAUUCAUGCAGCAAAUGCUUCAGGAAUGUGGCACAGUUACGACCUGGAAGCGGAUCCAGGGCUCAAAUGGAAAAUUUCAAGCAUUCGGGUUUUGUGACUUCGAAGAUCCUCAAGGAACGCUGAGAGCACUACGAGUGUUGAACGAUUUUCAAAUUGGAGAAAAGAAACUAGUCGUUAAGGCCGAACCUAAAGUGCGUGAAGAGCUUCGUGCCUGGGCUAUCCAAUAUCGAAAAGACAUUGGUAAGGGGAAUUUCGUGCAUGCUUGCUUUUAG